GGAUCGCGGAGCUGGCCUCGGCAUGAAGCAAAAACGUUGCUUCAAAAAUUGGGCCCUGGUUUCUCGCGCAUGAACUCGGCACCGAAGGGCAUUGCACUGCAUCACUUCUGACUGUUCAAUUUGGAAGUCAUGCAAGGCCCUGCGUGGCUGAUUCAGAGGCUUCCUCCCUGGUACUGAACGCUCUCAAGCGUGACCGGUUCGCUGCUGUACUGGAUGAUCCAGACUUGGAACAAGUUUCGCUACAGAUGGAAGUAUCAGAGGUGUCUGGUGUGGUUUUUCGAGAAGGUGCUCCAGCUGACACAGUGCUAGUGCUCCAGGAGGGGAGCUUAGAGGUGAGCGUUUGCGGAAGGCAUCUAGAAACCCUUGGCCCUGGUGCUUGUGUUGGCAGUGCUGGGGUGUUGAGAAAAUUUCAUCUUCACACAGUCAGCACACCAAGCGGAAUCUCUGCACUAGUGUGGUCGACCAGCAUCCACGAGAUUUGCAGAUUGCUCAACAAAUGGGAAGAGAAGCAUCAUGCCGAGAACUGGAAACUUAUCGAGAGAAUACUCUUGUUCGACUUCUUGCCUGACCAGCAGAAGGCGCGUUUGUCUGAGCUUCCUGUACGGGUGCAGGUUUUUCAGGCUGGUGACCUUGUUUCGUCCAAGGGUGACAUGGUGUCCUCAAUUUUCGUUGUGAAGACUGGCAGGCUUAGAGGCGUACUGGAUCCUCCAGGGCACCACCCCACCCCAAGGCUACAUGCAAAAUAUCUUCCUGGAGAUGUUGUUUGUUCUGGUUGCUGCCUACCCCAGCGGCGUCAGUUUCCACUGAGGUGGCAUGUUGUUGCAGACACGGACUGCAAAAUGCUGUCCUUGGACUUUCAGACGUUGCUUCAGUUGUUCGGGGAUGACCUGGACGAAUGCCUGCAGCGUGCAUUUAUGGUUUUUGGCCUGAACCAAGUGCCCUUCAUGGCUGGCUUCAGCUGCACGCAGAAGCUGCUCCUUGCGAAAGCUAUGGAGGUGGCCGUCUACAAACCUGGAGAAACUCUUGUGGAUGUGCAGUUUGCUGUGAUCUUCGACGGAGCCAUGCUAGUAGAGCGUGAUGAUGUGGUGGAGGAGUUGGGCCAUGGUGAUCGCUACAUUGACUCCACUUUGUUCUCCCCGCAGGAGGAAGCGGAGAGGAUUGAUCUGGAUUGUCCGGAGGAUCAAGCACCUUUGUCAGAGGCCGCGCGACUUGUAGCGGGUGACGCAGGCCUCACAGUGGCAACCCUGGCAGGAAAGGGUGCUGCACAAGCCUUCAAGGAACUGGGUGUUUCACCAGUACUUAGUGCAGAGGACACUACUGACAUUGCCUUGGAGGUCCUUCAGGCCCGUCGAGUGUCCGUUCUGAGACAUUUGUCUUGCAAUCAGAUUGAGCGUUUGGUGAAGCAGUUGGUGCCUCGGGUCUAUGCGUGUGAGACUCUAAUUUUCGAACAGGGGGAGAUUGGCACUGCCUUCUACAUCAUCGCCAGUGGGCAGGUCCAGGUGAGCAUUGAUGGUAAGCCAGUUCGCACAUUGGCCAGGCACGGUCAUUUUGGAGAACGGGCAUUGUUGUUCGAGGAACCUCGCAGUGCCUCCGUGCGCGUGCUGAGUGUUGAGGCAGAGCUCUGGUGUUUGGAGAAAGCUGCCUUCGUUGAAGUCUUGACCGACCAUUUACGCGAGGAGAUUAUGCGGCGGAUUGAAAUUCAGGACUCAAAUGUUGAGCUACAAGAUCUCACACAUGUACGCGUGAUUGGCAUUGGUGGCUUUGGAAAUGUGAGGCUUGUGGAAGACCGUCAUACUGGCCUGAGGUAUGCUCUGAAGCAAGUCAAGAAGGUGGAUGGGAUUGUGCCGGACCAUGUUCGUGGGGAGUGCGGACUACUUGCAGAGAUGGAUCACCCGUUCAUUUUGGACAUCAUGAACACGUACGAAACGUCCACGAGUUUGUACAUUCUCAUGGAAUAUAUCAUGGGUGGAACUCUGCGGCAUGUGAUCAAGGUGUCUGGAGCGUUGGACCGUGCUGCAGCAUGUUUCUAUGUUGGUUCCUUGAUCCUCGUCUUGGAGGUCCUUCACGACAGGAACAUCGUCUAUCGAGAUCUGAAACCCGAGAACGUGAUGGUCGAUUCCAGAGGCUAUGUCAAACUCAUCGACUUUGGAAUUGCAAAAAGGCUGGACCAGGAUGGUCGGACUUUCACCUGUAUCGGCAGUCCUCACUACAUGGCUCCAGAGGCGAUCCUAAGCCGUCGUGAAGGCUAUGGAACAGAAGUUGACACUUGGGCACUCGGAAUCCUGCUCUUCGAACUUGUUUGUGGAUGCCGACCUUUUGGAGAUGGGGUGAAGGACAAACAGGAGGUUUUCGAGGCUAUCCUCAAGCAGGCCCUCAAGUUCCCCGAGAGCUAUUCAGAUGAAUGCGGCCGAGAUUUGCUUCAGGCCAUGCUGCAGAAAAGCCCCGAGAAUCGACUUGGCGAUGGAGUGUUUGGAUGGGAUGACAUCAAGGAACAUCCAUACUUCACAGAGCCCAGCAGCAACCUUUUCGAUGGCAUCGUAGAGCGUCUGGUACGUCCACCCUACACGCCGACCGGCGAAUGCCCUUGUGAUGGAGUGCCUCAGGAAGUCACAAAAGACCAAUGGAGGGAGGAGAAAACCAUCGCUCGGACUCGCACCACACUGGUGAGGCGGGCUGUGAGACUCGAGGGAGCGGAAAAAGUGGGUGGAAGAGAGACCCAAUGUACAAAAAAAACACGGGGACAAUAG